CCCCGAUGAACUGACGUCUUCUUUUUCUCAGAUGAAAAAAAGCAAAAAUUUUCACCUCGCAGGACCAAAAACAGCAUCACAGUUUAGCAAAUGUGCUACCGAAAAUGGACAUUCCCUUGAAAGUAGUGGUUCGAAUUUUACCGUCACCGCCGGACACAUUGUCAUCGUCGAUAGUUUCAGCAGCUCAUCAGAACACCCAAGACGAAAAGCGACAGAAGGACCACCCUCGAAGUCUUGAGGAGGAGCAAUUGUUGGAGCUAGAAAAUGACGAUGAACAUCAACGACUUCUGGUGUGGCCAGGGGGCAACGGAAGAAGCUUCCGAUUUAGUCGGGUUUAUCAGGGCGAGGAAACUGACCUUCGACUGAUUUAUGGAGAAUCGAUUGCUGGCGUUGUUGAUUCUGUCCUAGAGGGAUAUGACUAUUCGGUUGUAAGCUAUGGAUCGGAAGCAAGCGGAAAAAGCUUUGCCCUGUAUGGAAAUGCCGCUUGCGAAGGGAUCGUUUUGGGUUUCAUUAGAGAUUUGUUUUGCCAGUUGAACGUACAUCCCGAGCGGAUGUACUCGGUGGCUGUGGCAUGGACUGAAAUAACGAGGGACGGAGAUUUGAUAGACGUUUUGGGGACAUCGUUGAUGCAAUGUUUCACUAUUGAAGAGAUUUAUAAUCUGUUGAGCUUAGGAUUGCAUAGCAAGAAUCCAGAAAACCAUAAUAUUCUGAGUCUGAUUUUGGAACAACAGUGGACUGCGCUGAAUGGCUUAAAUCAACAUCGCCAAUCGACGAUAAGUUUUUGCGACCUGACUGGAACCAUUCGGGAGGUGGUUGAUGGCAAAAAGUUAUUAGUUGAUUCCGGAUUGCGAAAGCUCGAAGAUAUCGUGUACAAGAGAAGUGAUGACUACAAUGAAUCUAUUUUAACUGCAUUCCUAAAAGACUCGUUCGGUGGUCGAGCCCAAACGAUGAUUGUACUUUGUUUGAAAGAUCUAGAAAGCGAGGAAACUUUAUUGAAUUUGGAAUUUUGCGAAAAGGCUCAAGAUAUCGUUAAUCAUGUUAUAAUGAAUACGUUCUCUGAUAACAACGCUCCACUGGUAGUAAUGAAUGAAGAUAUUCAUGGCAUGAUUCCCCAACCCAAUUUGUACGAUCUACAUUGCGCUUCCCAGCAAUGGUGUAAGCUAUUGAAGAAUGCCGAAAGCAUUUUUAAUAAACUUUUUAGCGCUACAGAACUAUCACAGCAAGAACGCGGCCAAAUAGAGGAGUGGCUUUAUUUAAAGGCCGAAUGCGAUGAAUGUUUUAGUUCGACAGAUAUCAGUAUUAACACGGGAAGUGCUCCUCCGCGAGUUUGUCUUGGACCAAUUGAAGAAAUUGAUGAAGGAGACGAAACUUUACAGAGCAGCGGUAAAAUCAACUCCAGCGAGCAGUGCAAUUCUGACAACGAAAGUGAUUCGGACAUUUGUACACAUCUCACAGAUAUGACUGAUCGAAUCAAUGGUUACAUGCGAAACUUUCAGAUCAAAACCAACAAUCUCAUCAACGAGAAGUACAAAGAAUUUUUCCAAGCUCAUCCUAAAAUGAUCGAUGACCUAAACGAAGAGCUUAAAUCUAAGAAGCAACUUGCUUCAACGCACAACCCGGCUCGUCGAAAGUCCAUUUUUGAUGCAGAAUCUGCUAGUAGCACCGAACUCACACUACUUGCUCCUCUUCAAUCUGACUCACAAUCCUCUCCCAUACAUACUCAAAAUCAGAUAACCAGUAAACGACUGGAUACGCUGAACAAUAACCUUCGCAUCACGGUUGCCACCGUUGAAUCCCUUCACGCUCAAAUUGAAGAAAUACGUCGGACUAUUUCCCUUAAACAGAAGUUCAUCAGCGAUCUUAUUGAGCACAGUGAAACCCGCUCUGUAGCCAAAUCACGCUUCAACAAAAAAAAGCGUAAUUUGAAGGAUGAAUACGAAAAAGUUAAACUACGGCUGGACGAAGCUGUCGUCAAUAAGGUCGAUAAGCGGGAGAUCAAUCAACUUGAGACCCGUGCCUCUCAGCUAGAGCAACGAUUGAAGGAUCUAGAAUCUAUUCGAGACAUUGCUGGAGAGUCAGGUCAGAAGAAGAAAAAACUGCAACAAUCAGUUAAGGAUUCCCAAAAACAGCUGGAUGUUCUACAGAAGAUGUUGAAAAAAGAACUGGACAAAAAGGAAUCGACUGAGAAGGAAAUCAAAGUUGUUCGAAAGGAAAAAACUGCCAAAAUAAGUGCCAUUCAGGAAAUCAGCGAAGGAAAAAGCAAAAUCAAAAAUAUGAAUGAUCGAAUCUCGCACAUCGAGCAUGUGCUGAAAGAAAAAUCAAGUAAUUUGAAAAAGUAUGUAAACAAAAAAGGUGCCGAAAAAGAUUCUCUUCGACAGGAGAUUUUCAAUCUGCGAAGUACGCGCAAUCAUUUGCUAGUGCAGAGGUGCAAUUUAGAUAAGAAAAUUCGAGAAAAUAAAACUGGGCCGCUGGAAGAUGAAGCCCGGAAGUUAGUGGAAACCGAGGAGGCAAUCGAAGCCAUCGAUGCAGCAAUAGAAAUGAAAAACGAGCUUAUAUGCGGCAGGAAGAGUAUUGACACGGAUGAAAGCUUACAACGUGAAAAAGGCGAGCAGAUGUUGAUGGCCCGUUUGAACAAACUGUCGACCGACGAAAUGAGAACAUUGUUGUACAAGUACUUUCAGAAAGUAGUUGAUUUGAGAGAGGACAGUCAAAAGUUCGAAAUGCAAUGCAUAACUUUUGAAAGAGAACGUGAUGCUUGGAAGUGGCAGGAAAAAAUCCUGACCAAUGCCAUUAAACAGACAAGACUUGAGAAAGAACGUUCAAUAAUAGCGCUAAAGAAGCACCACGAAACUAAGUUGAAUCUGAUGCUCCGUCAUUUUGCAGCAGACACUUCCGCGUCCAUAAGCAGUCCAAUCCCUGAGAAUGCUCUGAAACCAUACAACCCAGCUGCGAACGAAUUGACACCCAGCGGAUCAAGCCGCACGAAACGAAAACCGUUCCCACCGGAUAUUCCGCAGCAGAAUCUCAAACAACUGCAGUUCCUUUCUUCCCUCGGUGGGAUUCCCAAAGUUACUCGGGAGAAGAACAAAAUUAUCAUCCAAAAUGAUGGUCGAAAAUAGGAGAAUGGAUUUUUUUCAGCUGCAUCUCGGUACCUUGACAUAUUUAACAGGCCAUUUAUAAAAUUGAUCCAGCAAGUACCAACAAUACUCCUGGCGAAUUCAAUCUCUCUAUUAUACCUAAGCAUGAACAUUGUCGGACGAAGGCGCUAUUUUAUGAUUACGGUGGUACCUCGACAUACGAGUUAAUUCGUUCCGCAACCUUGAUCGUACAAAUUACUCGUAUCUCGAAGGUUGACAUCACUGAUGUUACUACCGAACCGAACCGAACUCGUAUCUCGAAUUUCGCUCGUAACUAAAAGCAAAAAAUCACUUGCUCGUCGGCUGGUAUCUCGAAAAACUCGUAUGUUGGGGCACUCGUAUGUCGAGGUAUCACUGUAGUUUAUAUUUUCAAAGGCACAAUAAUUAUUUUGAUACGUGAAUAUAUACGUAGAAAGUUCUUACAUAUUGUGAAAUUCAUGAACAUUGAAGAAAGAUCCAAUCAAAUCGUUUGAGUAUAAUACAAAAUGAACCAAGCGUAUAAUGUGUAGUGUUCAUAUGUGUACCACACCCGUGUUAUGAAAAUCAAAAAUAUUAUUCAUUGCAUUUAAUAAAUGUUUAAGUGGCGAUUAAAUUUAGUG